AUGCAGGUUGCAUCUAUAAACGAUGUGAAGAUAUACAACUUGAGUGCUGGGAAAAACAUUCCAGAAUGGAUGAACGCUGAAGCAAGGCGGAGGGCAGAACGGAAAAGUAUCGGUGUGACACGAUUACGCAAAAUCUAUUUAGAUGUGCGAAGACGUGUGCAGCUCAUUCAAGAUUUUGAUAUGCCAGAUGUUAGCCAUACUGUUAAUAUUUCACGUGAUGGCAGAUAUGUUUUCGCCACAGGAUCUUAUAAGUCUUGGCUGAAAUGUUAUGAUCUGGAAAAUCUCUCGCAGAAGUUUGAACGAGGUCUGGACGCGGGUGUGAUCAAAUUGAUAUCUCUAAGUGAUGAUUACUCAAAG